GAGGAGGCCUGCGACUUUAAGAGGUGGGGCUGAGGGCUGCUGUGGCGGAGGCGGAUUGGCUGCGAGGAACUCCCCCGGACGUGACGCAGGGCGCGCGCACAGACACACAUGGCGGCGCACAUUGGACCCCACAUGGCGGCGUUCUGGAAGAAGCUGUUGCGGCUUCCGGCUUGGGGCCGCCCUUUGGGACGACGCGAGGGCAGCCUGAGCACCGAUGCCGGGUCUGCGGUGCGAGUGCGGUUUGCUCCUAGUCCCACAGGCUUCCUGCACCUGGGCGGCCUCCGCACAGCGCUGUACAACUACAUCUUCGCCAAGAAGCACCAGGGCCGUUUCAUCCUGAGGCUGGAGGACACCGAUCAGACCCGCCUCGUGCCUGGGGCGGCCGCCAACAUCGAGGCCAUGCUCGAGUGGGCAGGCAUCCCCCCUGACGAGAGCCCCUGCCGGGGCGGUCCUGCUGGGCCGUACCAGCAGUCUCAGCGCCUAACACUGUACGCCCAGGCCACCGAGGCGCUUCUGGAGACUGGAGCUGCCUACCGCUGCUUCUGCUCGCCCCAGCGCCUGGAGCUGCUGAAGAAGGAGGCCUUGCGGAACCACCAGACACCCCGGUACGACAAUCGCUGCCGGGACUUGAGCCAGAGCCAGGUGGCCCAGAAGCUGACCAAGGACCCCACUCCUGCCAUCCGCUUUCGCCUGGAAGAGGAGGUGCCUGCCUUCGAGGACCUGGUGUAUGGCUGGACUCGGCAUGAAGUGGCCAGCGUGGAGGGAGACCCGGUCAUCCUGAAGAGUGACGGCUUCCCCACAUACCACUUGGCCUGUGUGGUGGAUGACCACCACAUGGGCAUCAGCCAUGUGCUGCGGGGCUCCGAGUGGCUCGUGUCCACCUCCAAGCACCUGCUGCUCUACCGGGCCCUGGGCUGGCAGCCUCCUCGCUUUGCCCAUCUGCCCCUGCUGCUCAACAGGGAUGGCAGCAAGCUGUCCAAGAGACAAGGGGACAUCUUCCUGGAACACUUUGCGGCUGUCGGCUUCCUGCCCGAGGCCCUACUUGACAUCAUCACCAACUGUGGCUCGGGGUUCGCAGAGAACCAGAUGGGCAGGACCCUGCCGGAGCUGAUAGCACAGUUUGACCUAAGCCGGGUCAGCUGCCACUCGGCCCUGCUGGACCUGGAGAAGCUCCCAGAAUUCAACAGGGUGCACCUGCAGCGCCUGGUGAGCAGUGAGAGUCAGCGGCGACAGCUAGUGGGGAAGCUGCAGGCUCUGGUGGAGGCAGCGUUUGGCAGCCAGCUGCAGGACAGACGCGUGCUUGAGCCGGCCUACUUGGACAGGAUUAUGCUGCUGAGACAGGGUCACAUCUGCCGCCUGCAGGACUUAGUCUCCCCCUCCUACGCCUACCUGUGGACUCGUCCUGCCGUGGACCGAGCACAACUAGGGGCUAUCUCAGAGAAAGUAGACACGAUCGCCAAGCGGGUUUUGGGGCUUCUGGAAAGAUCUGGUGCGAGCUUAACCCAGGAGGUGCUGAGUGAAGAGCUGAGGAAGCUACCAGAAGGUCUGGAAGGCACCAAGUACAGCAGUGUGAUGAAGCUCCUGCGUGUGGCCCUCAGUGGACAGCCGCAAGGACCCCCUGUAGCUGAGAUGAUGAUGUCCUUGGGACCAGAGGAAGUCCGGGAGCGAAUCCAGAAUGUACUCUCCAGCUAGGAGGAGCUGUGUGCCACAGAGGAGGGACCCCAAGGAACUCAGCUGCUGGGAUGCUAACUGCGUUUGGGGCAGGAGGAGGGCAGCCUGAGCCCCACCUCGAGGCUUGCUGGAGGAACCAAGAAGAGAAGUGGAAUCUUGGGCUGCACGCUUCAUGGCUGUCGCUCCAAGGCAUUGGGCCCGGGAAGCCCAGUUCACCUCACCUCCUUGGCCCUGGGAAGGACGUCUCCGUGGCUGGGGCUUAACCCUACAGUGUGUAUUUGAGGUUACAAGUUGGUUCAUGCCAGAGUCAGCAUCCACAAAUCCUCUAGGCGACCUGGGCUGUUGGACCAACACACAUUGUCUUCCUCACGGUCUACAUGCUGUAAGUGCAAGAUGCAGGUGUGCACAGGGCUGACCUCUGCCACUGAGAUGGCUCCCGUGACCUGUGGGUGACUGUCUCCUCACUGUGUCCUCAUUGGGUCUGUCUGUGCAUGUGUUCCUGACUAUUUUCUGUGUGUCCCCGUCUGCCAAGGACCUUGGGCAGAUUAGAUUAGGGGCCACCACCCAGCAGCCUCGUGGUAUCUUAAUCACCUCUUUACGGGCCUUGUCUCCAAACACAGUCUGGAAUACUGGUAGUCAGGCUUUGAUGUAAGGAUUCAGACUAGGGGCUGGAGGGAGACUCAGAUCAGUCCAUCACAGUUCCACGGCAGUGUAGACUUUCCAGAUCCCAGUUCCGAGGAUCAGUCUGGACUAGUGAAGUUAAGGGCUUGUAGCAGGCAGGGCUGACUGGACAUCAGUCUCUGGGCAGGUGUAACAGGAGUUUACUCAUUCACCAGAUGUAAGCACUACUGUCUUAGGCUGUGCUUUGUCCUGGGACCUUGGGCACCCAGGGCUCAUUAACCUUAAAGGUCAUUUCUUCCUCUAGAUGUGGUCCUGGACUCGAAAACUGUUCUCCAUCCAGCAGCCAUUGACCAGGUGCCCAGAGCCGAUAAGAAUACAUGUGGCCUACUGACUGACGGUCAAUAGCUGAAGUUUAUUAACAGCAUCAGACUUUUUAAAGACAGGUGAUCAUGUAGGCAUCAGGGAGAGGGGCUUGAGGAGUUUACAUUUCAACAGUAAGAAGAAGUCUCCUAAUACACAAUUUGUUCAUCUAGCAGGUUCUUUUCCUCAGUUUGUCAAUUCCUGUUCCCCUGCCUGGGGCAGGAAGUACCUGUCUUUGAUCUGUUAUCUAAACCUGCAGACUGUGGAGUUUCUUGCCUAUUCAUUUCAAUAUUAACUGCUCCCAGGGGCCUUCCCGGCAGAAUUGCAAACUAGCUCUGGCUCUACACUGGCAAGGAUUCCCAAUGUCCUCUCUUUAAUCAGUUGUUUUCCUACAGAUCUGGUCAGUUGUCCUCCUUCAGGGAACCUUCACCCUGCUUGUCAUGUCUUCUGCUUUAUUUUUCCUCUUCCUCCAUCACUCCUAAGCUGCAGUUUCUGCCAUGAAGUGUUCUUGGGGUCUUGGGUAAAUGAGAACACCUCAAGUGAGCAGAGGAUGUUGGCUAGGUUCAGGAAUCGCUCCCAGGCUUCGGGGCUUUCCCUGGUGGCAACUGAUCUCCAGUGAUCCCCGCCUCCCAGUGGUCAUACCCUCAUGUGCUUCCUUACCAUGCUUGGGAGAGUUGACUUGCAUAAGCAGUAGGCUACUUGGAAAAUGAUAGAUCUUGAUUUCUGAGCCUAGCUCAUGAACUACCUCAUGGCUACCAUCUUGUUUUCUCGGAUCCCUUACGAUGUGGGUGGCCAGCUUGUAAGUUAUGACGAAGCGGGCCUGUGUGAUAAGGACUGGAGGACCCUCUAGUCAGCAGCAGCCUUGUGAGUAUGUCACCGUGGCAGCUGAUGUUCCGGGCUCAGCCAAGCAUCAGAUGACUGCAGUCCUGCCUAACCUCUUCCUUUCCUGUGACCUCCCUGAGAGACCCUGAGCCUGCACCACCCAACGAAGCUGGGUGUAAAUAUUUGUUGUGUUAAGCUGCUAGGUUUUGGGAUAAUUUGUUACCCAGCCACAGG